UAUGACGGGAAGGUCAAUGUGGAGGUUUUAAACUCGUGUUGUGAGAUUUAUACAGUACGUGUUCAAAUAAUUUGUAUGUGCUUAGAGUUAAAAGUCUGAUCUUUAAGCCGAGUCGUGUGUGUGUUAGCUUGUGAUGUUUAGGGCUAUUCUUCAUGAUUAGCGUUAUAGGUCAUUGCAGGAGUAGUUCAUGUGGGUAAAGCAGCGAUGUUGCAGAGUGUGUGUAAGUGUCACCGGCAGGUCUCUGGAGCGCUGCUGUCUUUUACUGCGCGAUCAUUAGCAUUAACUUCACCAGCGCACGUGCAGAAAGCUCUGUACGGAAGUGCUACAGCAGAGCGUAGGAAAUUCUACCAGGAUGUCAGUAUCUCUCAAGGUGAAGGUAAGCUGUUUGAGAUAAACUUGGACAGGAGAAAGCUAAAAACUCCAGGGGGAAAUCUUUUUACUGUGCCCAAUGAAGCCCUGGCAAUUGCUGUUGCAACGGAAUGGGACGCUCAAAAGGACACACUAAAAUUCUACACCAUGCAUCUAACGACUCUGUGUAAUACAGCAAUUGAUAACCCAACACAGCGAAACAAAGACCAAAUGAUCGCUGCUGCCUUGAAGUUCCUAGAUACUGACACAAUUUGUUACAGAGUAGACGAGCCUCCAGGACUUGUUGAAUUACAGAAGAAUGAAUGGGACCCUGUUAUGGACUGGAUUGAAAAAAGGUACAACGUUGUUAUUGGGUCAUCCUCUAGUAUAAUGGGCCCGCAAAUCCCAGAGGAGACCAAAGAAACAUUUCGUCAGCAGCUUAAUUCUUAUAAUUUGUGGUCUCUGACAGGAUUUGAGUAUGUUAUCUCACAACUGAAGUCAUUGAUUCUGUCCUUCGGGCUGAUUGACAGACAUUUAACAGUGGAUCAUGCAGUUCUUUUGUCACGACUAGAAGAGGAAUACCAGAUCCAGCGGUGGGGAAACGUCGAAUGGGCUCAUGACUAUGAUAUGUAUGAGCUGCGGGCUCGUACGGCAGCAGGUGCCCUGUUUGUGCAUCUGUCAUCAGAAAGUUCAACAAUGAAGAAAAAGCUGCUGCAGGACUGAUCUGAUCACUAUACAAAAUGGACAAAAUCCAUCUUCUCAGCAUUUUAUAGUGAUAUCGGUGUUCUAUAAUUUUGAUCAUUAAAACAGAAUUUUUUUUCUGUUUGAAAAAAACUGUUUGUUGUUGACAUUCUCAGCAUAUUUAAGAGGUUCUAAGCCUAUAACCAAUUUCUCUGCAGUGGGUUUUUGAAUGCAUCUGUGAGAAGGCAAUGACAUCUGCCCAAAUGUUUUACACUAUUGUCUGCAGGGAGCACGGCGGCUUAGUGGUUAGCACUGUCACUUGCACCUCCAGGGUCUGGGUUCGAUUCCUGCCCCGGGUCUGUGUGCUCAGUUUUGUUUGCUAUGUUCCUCAGUUUUUGCUCAGUUUUUUUUUUCUGCAGUCCAAAGACAUGCAGAUGAGGCUAUUUGGCAUUUGUGUAAAUGUGUGUGCCCUGCAAUGGAUUGGCACCCCGACAGAUCUCUCAUCCAUCUGAAGAAUAUACCAGUAGGUGGAUCAGUUAUUUUAAGUUGCCCAUAAGGGUGUGUAAGUGCAUGGGGCCCUGUAGUGGACUACACAGAUUGAAUGAACACCUGCAUAAAUAAUUUCGGAACACCUUUCAGUAAUCUUGUUUCCAAUAUAUUAUAAAACUGUUUUUUUUUGGCUCCCACCUAUUCCCUGAUUUUCUGAAUCACAGUGUUCCCAGUAUACUCAGUAUACACAAAAUACAUGUACUCAAUGACCUUGUACAGAAUAAAGUGCUUAC